AUGAGUGCAUCCAAACCCAAGGAAAGCGGCGAGGUGAGAAUCGGACACUCUCUGAAUAAGAAGGAGGAAGAGUUUGUAGCCAGAAGGAGAAACACUGUUCUACAAUGCUUGCAGAAGUUUGUCAUACGCUGCAGUCAGGAUGCGGUGCCAAACAUUGCAUUACUGGGUUCUGGAGGAGGACAAAGAGCCAUGGUGGGUUUGCUGGGAUCCCUGGUUCAGCUUGAUAAAGCGGGUCUUCUGGACUGCAUCCUUUAUCUGAGCGGAGUGUCUGGAUCCACCUGGUGCAUGGCCUCCUUAUACAAAGAACCAGACUGGUCCACCAAACUAGAGACUGUGAAGGACCAAAUCAUCAGGAGAAUCAGCACUCCAGGAGUCAAACUGACAGACGCAUUGGCCAAACUGAAGAAAUAUUACUAUGGGAAAGAUAUCUUCAGCUUGACUGACGUUUGGGCAGUGAUGCUUGUCACAUUAUAUGUGAAAGAGAUUGACGAAUGCAAACUCUCAGAGCAGUGGAGUCAGCAAAGUAAAGACCCGUUCCCCAUCUACACAGUGAUCGACAAGCAAUGCAAACAGCGUGAGGAAGGAGACCCCUGGUUUGAGAUCAGUCCACAUGAAGCGGGUUAUUCUCUCACUGGAGCGUUUGUGGAAACAUCCAGCUUCGGCAGCCAGUUUGCAAAUAAGAUGAAGAAGCAGGAUGAAAUGGACAUGCUUUACCUGCAAGCUCUGUGCAGCAGUGUUUUCGCUGAUGAAGAGGAGAUCUGGAAGUGGAUAAAAGACCCACACUCCCCACCUAUAGACCAAUGUUACCAGGUGCUCUUGAACCUUGUGGACAUGAACCUCACUGUGUUGAAAGGCACUGAUCCUUCUGCUCUUGAUCAGUCCAUCAGAACAACACUGACCGAUCUUUUGAUUAGCGUCUGUAGAUGCAUUGCUCAGUGGAUCUGGGGCAGGCAUUAUAAUUUCCUCCACAGCAUGACAGAUGAAGCAGUGCCUGCUGCUCUUCUGGAAGGUGAGACGAGAGACUAUGAAGAUGCUGGACUGCUGCUGAAUUCACCCUACUUCUCAGUACUGAGAAAAGAACGAGACAUUGACCUCAUCAUUUCCCUGGAUUUCAGUGAAGCCGACUCUUUCACGACAGUGACGCAAACCGCUGAGAUGUGCAAGAAACUGAAGAUCCCUUUCCCUGAAGUCAACAUUACCAAUGAGGACGUGAAGAAACCAAAGGCCUUCUAUGUGUUCAAAGGCAAAGACGCUCCAACCGUGAUUCACAUCCCUCUGUUUAAUGUGGUCAACUGUGGAGAUAAAAUUGAUGUCUGGAGGAAGAAAUAUGGCACCUCUCAGGUUCCUUACAGCGCUGAGAUGAUCGCUGAACUUCUGCAGGUCUCUGGGAAAAACUUCUCGAUCAACAGAUCCAAACUGCUGGAGCAGAUCCGAGCGGUCGCCGAGGCUAAAUAUUUCCAGGCACAAGCACGACAACUUUAAAG